AUGAUCGGAAGCAUCUUCUUCAUCUUCAAUCGCCUCACGGAGAUAACCUUUCUCAUUCCAAUCAUCGGAAUGAUGGCCUACUUCGUCGACGGCUACCUCAAAGCCAACAUGAUAACACCUCCCUUCAUCCUCGUCCUCUUUAUAGUCUCCGUAAUCGCCGUCUUCUGGUGCGUCGACACUCUAAUCCGGCACUCGACCACCAAGCGCUCCGCUUCAUUCGUCUCUUUCGUCGACCUCCUCUUCUUCGGCGCCUUCAUCGCAGGCGUAUACCAGCUGCGCUUCAUCGCAAACGCCGACUGCGGCGACUGGGACGGCGGAAGCGUCUACAACGCACUCGGCCCAUUUGGAUUCCCUGGUCGGCAAAUGAACAACCCGCUCGCUGAUGACCUGAACAAGACAUGUCGCAUGUUGAAGACUUGCUUUGCGAUCGGGAUCAUGGAGGUCCUGUUCUUCUUCUGGACGGCGAUUAUUGCGCUUUGGAUCUAUCACCGGAAUCCGGACCAUGUGACUGUGGUUAAGGAGACGCAUACGAGGAGGAGCCACAGUCAUGGAAGUCGCAGGGGACACAGCAGUCACGGUCAUGGUCGGAGGCAUAGCUCUUCGAGCCGCAGGCCGCAUUAUGUGGUUUGA